UUUGACAGCUGAUUGCCAUCAACAAUCGUGAAAUGAAACGUGCGUAAAAGGAAUAGGAAUUUUAAGGAUUCGAGUAUUAUUUUAGGUUUUGAUUAACUUAAAUCAUAAUACAAAAAACUAUAUAAAUAUGACGGCAGUACACGUUAUAAGAAGGUUCGGUGUUCCAUUAGCUAACAUGUGUUGUCAUAAAAAGCCUACAAAAUUACAAGUGCGAUAUAGUGCUACUUUAGGAUUAACUGCGAAGAGAUUUGCUCCAGUGUUUAUAAAGGCUCGCCACCUGGGGCUAGGUCCCACGUCGAAGGAUUUUGAGGAAUCCACACAAAUAACAGGACCUAUAACAAAACUACAUGCGGCUGAGCUCGUUCUACACUUAAAAGAUGAUGAGAGGAAAUUGUUGUUCAUUGCGCUACAGGAAUACGAAUCUAAUAGGAUUAAAGAGGAGUUCGAAGAUAAACUGGCAGGCCACAGAUGGAGAACAAAGCUAGGCAGGCCCAGCAAAGUGCCCACACUCGGUGAUGUAGAUCCUACAGGCACCUACUGUCCAGUCCCUGAGGACUGGCUGAAGAAAAAGUAUGUGGCCACAGUACCCAAACCUACAACCAGGGAGUUAGUCCACUUGUCAUUAGCAAAUUCAGUGCCAUUCAUUGGUUUUGGCUUCUUGGAUAACUUCGUAAUGAUAGUUGCGGGCGACAGCAUAGAAAGCGGCAUGAGCGCAUUCAUCACAAUCUCAACCAUGGCGGCCGCCGCGCUCGGCAACACGUUCAGCGACGUGAUCGGCAUCGGCUCCUCGUACUACGUGGAGCGCGCGGCCGCCUCGCUGGGCAUGGCGCCGCCCCCGCUCGCGCCCGUGCAGCUCGACAUGCCCGUGUGCCGCCGCGUCUCCAACCUGGGCCGUGUACUAGGCAUCACAUUAGGCUGUUGCCUCGGCAUGACGCCGCUCCUCUUCAAGGACGACAAAGACGACAAGGAGAAAGAAAAGGAAGAAAAGAAAGAAAAACAAGCAACUAAAGCUAAAGCGAAGGCGGAAGCGAAAGCGGAUGCGAAAGCGGACGCGAAAGCGAAGGCGGAUGCGAUAGCGGACGCGAAGAAAAGUUAA